AUGCUUGAGCUCGCAAGCGCUGCAUCCUCCAGGUCGGUGUCGGCCUCCCGUUCCAGAUCGGAGACGGUUUCGAGCUUCGCAGAGCCCUGCACUUUUCGAGAGAAGUUCCUGUUGCUGGAUCAAGACGAAGACGCAGAAGACGCGGCAGAGACAUCUCGGAGAUUUGCCCAGCAUGCACCGAAAUUGAAUGUCUCCUACUUUGUGGGCCCUGUCAUUCCGUCCUUGUGGUUUACAAACGUGCUCCUCCUUGGGUGCACGGUCAGCCUCUUUGCAGCGACCUUCACGUUCAGGUCCUGUGCUGAUGGCAGCAUAUACCCAGUGCCGCCAUACUGGAUUUGGACCAUUUGCUUGCCAGCCAUACUUCAUCAGAUGCUGACAGAGCGGAAGGCUCUGCAUCUUGUGAAGCCAUGCUACAAGAAGCACAUGGAGAUGCACUCUUUGGAGCCCUUUGAGCUGUUCGGCAUGCCCGCGUCGGAGUUCUGGUGGACCGCAGCCCAGCGAAUGACCCUUGUCCUGGGUUCUCUGGAUCUUUUCACGGACACGUACUUUGCCGGAACAAUGGGGCUUGGAGGCACAGCUUUGUGCUCCGAGGGCAAGACGCAAAGAGUCUGGAGGGCAUGGUGGGAUCACAGUAUCUUCAGAUCACUUCCAGUGAUUCCGCUAGACAUUCUGAUCUCUGUGUCCUGGCUGCUCAUGCUCCUUCAGCACGUCAUUGCCUGCGUGGCUAUGUUGCGAAGGGGCUCUGAUGAGGAACGCGAUGAUGGCAAGUCGGCGCCGGUGCUGCCCUGCAGCGAUGAGAAAUACCUGUACAACGAUGACGUGUUCUUCCAGCUCAGUGAAGCGGCCGGCUUCGCCUCCAUCACGCAGAUCUCGACCAAAAUCUAUGUCUGCCAGAUGAGGCGGAAGGUCCUCCAGCAAGAAGGGUACAGGAUGAUGGGAUAUGGCAUGGCACUUUCCAGUAAGUACGUGAAGCGGGUCUGCCUUUCGUAUCUGCUCGAGGACGGGAUCCAGGUAACACUUCAAUCGUGGACCUUGGCGAUCAGCACACAUCAGGCGCCUGAGCGGGCAUUGCUCCCAACGCUGUCGUUGUGUGUCAGCUUUCUCAUGGGUAUGGUGAAGCUAAAGGAAAUGAUGCUUUAUUUGGGCAUUCGCCAGCUAAUGGAGAACUUGGCGUCCAAAAUAGAACGAGAAGAGCAUGAUGCCAAAGACAAGGAUAUAGAGUACUUUGAAUCGAGUCUAGCAGCGGUUCGCCGACAUGCAAUUUGCGUGAAGAUCUCCAUGGUCUUGAUGGCGUUGGCUUUGUUCACCCCCUGUUUCACACUCUAUGCGGUCUUAUCCUGUCCAGGCGGGAUCAGAUCCUUAGCAGGAGGAUGCAUAGACGUACCUGACUAG